UCUUCCGGCUCUGCUCUGAGGGCGGGAUCAUCCGGGUCCUCGAAACCUCGUGGGGCUUGUUUGUUUUGCAACCUAGCAGCCACUGCUCUGACAGUCGUACUAGAGCUAGUGUGGGACUUUGGACCUAUUGCGCAGGCGUCGUCCUGGGGCAACCUGGUCGGUUUGAUUAAGAUCUCCCAAAGCCACUAAGGCGUCCGGUUUCUGCUCUGCAGCGUUCGGCUCUCCCCUCCUCCCUCUUGCCCUAACCCCUCUUUCUUUCUAAGUCGAACGGGGUCCGAAGUCUGGAGAAGCGGUAAUUCUGGUUGCCUGAUGGGCGUCCUUUAGCGAGUUGUCCCGUUUGUUGUCCCGUUUGGGACCUGUUUAAGCAAAGGCUGGAAUUUGGCACUCGUGUAGUAGAAGCGAUUCCUAGCUGGAUGGUAUAAUAAAAAAAUCUUUAAAAGAGCCUUUUUCAGCUACAGGAGUUUGGCCGGACAAUCAGCUUCCAAUAAAGACCUCGCCGGUACUUCUCUUUCAAACUAAAAUCGGGAAAAGAGUGCAUCAGUUUUCAGUAUUUUAGCAUGACUGCCACUGAGAGAAAACUGCACAGCUUUGCUCCAAUCUGGAGGCCGUCUCGGUGCUUCCUGGUUCUCAUGAUCUUGUUUUUUACCCUCUAGGAGUCAUUGUAUACACGCCUUCUCCACUGCAAACAGUUUCGGUUUCUAAUGAAAGCACGGUCCUCAUCAUUCACCCAUAAUCAGGAAAAUUUUGCCACGAUAAUACCUGUAGAAACGCUAGUUGCGUUUGAAAAAUCCAAGGAGCAAGAGCCAAUAUUUGUCAUUCCUUGAGAAUCUGGGGGAGACUCCAUUUACCAGAAACUUGACGAUGGUGAAGUGCUGGUCAUAAUUUUAGAAAGACGACUCCUUGGCUUUUUAUAAAGAUCGCCCUAGGCCGUGGCCUGAGAGCUGAGAGCCAGUUGGAUUGACAGAGAAGUUAUGGAAGCAGCUGGGGAAGAGGAAAUCAGUGUUGAAGAAGAAGCUGUGGAUAAAAAUGUUUUCAAAAACUGCAGCAAGAUUGCUUUCUACAGGCGUCAAAAACAGCUCUCCAAGAAUUCUACCUAUCGGGCAUUAUUAGACUCAGUCACAACAGUAAAAGACAGCACCAGGUUCCAAAUCAUCAAUGAAGCAACUAAGGUUCCUCUUUUGGCUGAAAUUAAUGGUAUAGAGAGAAACAUUUUCAGACUUAAAAUCAAUGAAGAAACUCCACUGAAACCCAGGUAUGAAGUGCCUGACGUCCUCAUCAGCAAGCCAAAGACUGUAAGGCUGAUUUCAUGCUCAGGGGAUAAAGGCAGUCUGAUAUUGGAAGAUGGAAAAGGAGAUCUGAAGUGUCAUAUCACAGAAAACCCAUUCAAGAUAGAUUUGGUAUCUGAAAAAGAGGUUGUGAUGAGCAUAAAUUCCCAGGGCAAAUUAUUCUUUGAGCACCUACAGAUUCCUCCCAAACAAAGAACUACCAAAGAAAAUGAGGAGAGUGCAUCAAUCAAUACCUCUCAGGAAAAUCAAGAGGAUCUAGGCCUUUGGGAAGAGAAAUUUGGAAGUUUUGUGGAUGUCAAAGCUAAUGGUCCUACCUCCAUUGGUUUGGAUUUCUCCUUACAUGGAUUUGAACAUCUCUAUGGGAUCCCACAACAUGCAGAAUCACACCAACUUAAAAAUACUGGGGAUGGAGAUGCCUACCGUCUUUAUAACCUGGAUGUCUAUGGAUAUAAAAUACAUGACAAAAUGGGCAUUUAUGGCUCAGUGCCUUAUCUCUUGGCCCACAAACUGGGCAGGACUAUAGGCAUUUUCUGGCUGAAUGCCUCAGAAACACUAGUGGAGAUCAAUACACAACCUUCAGUAGAGUAUACAUGGACACAGGUGGGCCCAGCUGCUGCUAAACAAAAGGUCAUAUCUCAAACUGAUGUGUGCUGGAUAUCAGAGAGUGGAAUCAUUGAUGUUUUUCUGCUGACAGGACCUACACCUUCUGAUGUCUUCAAGCAGUACUCCUACCUUACAGGCACACAAGCCAUGCCCCCUCUGUUCUCCUUGGGAUAUCACCAGUGCCGCUGGAACUAUGAAGAUGAGCAAGAUGUAAAGGCAGUGGAUGCAGGAUUUGAUGAACAUGAUAUUCCUUAUGAUGUCAUAUGGCUGGACAUAGAGCACACUGAGGGCAAGAGGUACUUCACCUGGGAUAAAAAAAGAUUUGCAAACCCCAAAAGGAUGCAAGAGCUGCUCAGGAGCAAAAAACGUAAGCUUGUGGUCAUCAGUGACCCCCACAUCAAGAUUGAUCCUGACUACUCAGUUUACACUAAGGCCAAAGAACAGGGCUUUUUUGUGAGAAAUCGUGAAGGGAGUGACUUUGAAGGAGUAUGCUGGCCUGGUCUCUCUUCUUACCUGGAUUUCACCAAUUCCAAGGUCAGAGAAUGGUAUUCGGGUCUUUUUGCUUUCCCAGUUUAUCAGGGAUCUACAGAUAUCCUUUUCAUAUGGAAUGACAUGAAUGAACCCUCAGUCUUUAGAGGGCCUGAGCUAACACUGCAAAAGAAUGCCAUUCAUCAUGGCAACUGGGAGCACAGAGAACUUCACAACAUCUAUGGUUUUUAUCAGCAAAUGGCUACUGCAGAGGGACUGAUACAGCGAUCUAAAGGGAAGGAGAGACCCUUUGUUCUUUCACGUUCUUUCUUCGCUGGGUCACAAAAGUAUGGUGCAGUGUGGACUGGUGACAACACAGCAGAAUGGAGUUACCUGAAAAUUUCUAUCCCCAUGUUACUAACUCUCAGCAUUACUGGGAUCUCUUUUUGUGGAGCUGAUGUGGGUGGCUUCAUUGGGAAUCCAGAUGCAGAACUGCUGGUGCGUUGGUACCAGGCAGGAGCCUACCAACCCUUCUUCCGUGGCCAUGCUAACAUGAACACCAAGCGGCGGGAACCCUGGCUUUUUGGGGAGGAAUACACCAAACUUAUCCGAGAAGCCAUUAGAGAACGCUACACCCUCCUACCCUAUUUGUAUUCUCUGUUCUACCAUGCACAUGUGGCUUCUGAACCAGUCAUGAGGCCUCUGUGGAUAGAAUUCCCAGAUGAAUUAGAGACUUUUGGUGUAGAAGAUGAAUACAUGCUGGGAAGUGCUUUAUUGGUUCAUCCAGUCACAGAACCAAAAACCACCAUGGUUGAUGUAUUUCUGCCAAGAUCAAAUGAGAUACCAGUAUUUCAACGCGGUGGAAGUGUGGUACCAAUAAAGACAACUAUAGGAAAAUCCACAGGCUGGAUGACUAAUUCCUCAUUUGGACUCCGGGUUGCUGUCAGCACUGAGGGUUCUGCAGUGGGGGAGUUAUAUCUCGACGAUGGCCAUUCAUUUCAGUAUCUCCACCAGAACCAAUUCUUGCACAGAAAAUUUUCAUUCUGUUCCAGUGUUUUGAUCAACAGUUGUGCAGAUGAGAGGGGUCGUUAUCUCAGCAAAUGUGUGGUGGAGCAGAUCUUGUUCUUAGGCCUCAAGAAGAAGCCAUCUUCUGUGACUACCCACUCAUCUGAUGGUAAAGAUCAGCCUGUGGCUUUUAUGUAUUGUGACAAAACGUCCACCCUGAACCUGGAGAAGCUUUCACUGAAUAUUGGCUGUGACUGGGAGGUCCACAUCAAAUGACAAAGAAGCUCCCCUGGUGUUGCUCAGAAGGAGCUGCCUGCAUCUUUUCAGUUCUUCCCUUGGCCUCUUUUAAGAUUUGUGCUGCAAUCUAAUUGGUUUCCUUAGCUAAAAAUAAUCUUGCAUUAGUCACUUAUAUACUAAUGGACAAUAGAUUUCAUAUUUUAAGAUGAUUAAUGAUUGAGACUCUUUUUACAAAUACGACUCUUCCUACAUACCCACAAAGCCCUGAGACAUUAAUAGAGUUGGUGAAUUUUCCUUGCCUCUUGGACUAUGGCCCUGUGGUAAGCUCUGUGGGCCAGUGAGUGGCCUCUUUUUGAGCAGGACUGGAUGGAUUUUUAGGUGUUCCAAGCCUACCCAAGUGGCCCAUUUAUUGGGCUUGCCUCAGGCCAAUGUGGCAGAUUCACUCUGGCUACAGCAGGGAAGUUGCCCAGUCUCCAAAUGGACAAUAGUGUCUGGUGCCACAGUUAUCGUUUGCCUACAUUGACAUGGUUAAGAUAACCCUGUCUGUGUGUACUGCAUACCCUACAACAGUGGGGACCUGUUCUGCCCUAGAGAUUUACUCAGGAGCACAAAGGAUUAUUUUCCCUUUCCUGCUUCUCAGGCUCAAAAGUUCUAAAUUAAUCUUCUUAAAAUUUAAAUUAUUUGAUUGUUUUUAUUAAAUACUGUCUACUUGCC